AUGAGCUCCGACUGGACUUCGCUUCCUGAUAUAGUAUGGUAUUCUGUAUGUGGAUAUUUACCGAAACUAACUGAUAUUAUUCAUUUAUCAUGUACGAAUCGUAAUUUGCAUCAUGUUCUUGAACAGGAUUUCUUUUGGAGAUAUCUAAUUCGAAUACGUUAUGGUCCGAUAUUAUUAAAACGUUAUUGCGAUGAAAUAUUUUCGAAUAAAAACAAUUGUGAUCAUUUAUAUUCAUCAGAUAGGCAUUUCGUUGAAUUCGAAAAACAAUAUUCACAAUUGCCGCCAGCAAUUGUACGUAAUGGUUGGAAUCUUAUUGUUACCGAUGCUCAAAAUGGAAAUAUGAAAGGUUUUGCAGCUGCUAAACGAUCGAAAUUCUAUCUACCGAAAUUAUCUUCACAAUUAAAAAUGGCUAUUACUGAAAAUCGAUUUCGUGAGUUGGUUUUUCAAGAAGAUAAAACAAUUUUAUCGAAAUUAAUUUACUAUUAUUUAUCACAACGAAAAAUACGUUUAUCAUUUGCAUAUGAAACUUAUGUCUGUUUCGAUAUAACACGAGUAAGUGAUGCAAAUCGUCCUACAAUAAUUGAUGAUACAACAAGUAGUUUUGGUUCUAUUGCGAUCCUUGAUUCUAGAUGGUUAGCAGCCAUACGCGGAGAAUUUCAUUCGAUUAUACCCGGUCGAUACGCAAUUUUUUGUCGAAUAAAACUAGAAUUAUUACGUUAUGAACAACCGAGCGACGAAGAUCAAUUUACAGGUGAAUUUACAUGUAUACCUGAAUACGGUAUAAUGAGUUCACUUGAAUGGGACCAAGAUUGGUUUGAUUUACGUUAUGUUAUUAAUAAUAGUAAAAAUCAAAGUAAUCAAACAACGUCUCAAUGGUUUGAAGAACAGAUGGGAAUUAUAACAAUUUAUGAAUUAUCAAAAGUUUAUUUUGGUUUAAGAAUAUGGCAAUUGCCAUAUAGAAAAUACGCGAUUAUGUGUGAUUAUAUUGAAUUGAAAAUAAUUGAAUGA